CAUACGCUCGCGGUCCAGAGUUGAGGCACAGGAGGUGAUCAUGGUUCAAAGACAUCAUGCUCUUCAGCCCUUUCCUCACACCUCACUUUAACAGUGUACAGUUCCACCAGCCAAUUAACAAAGGAAGUGUAACGCCGAUAACGUCUUUUUACUUGGCCUCCCGCAUGGCACUAGGUCUUACUAUCUGCAUGUCCGAAGUAAGGUAGCAAGGUGCCACAGGUGCUACCACUACCUAGUCCAAGUAUAUAUAAGCCGUUCGCACUGCAGAGUCAAUCAUAUGGAGUGCGUCGAUAAUUACCAGCCGUUUCUUAGUCGCUUCAGUUUUCUAUGCAAAGUAUCUACUACCAUCUGUUCGUUGACGUAAGAGAUGUUACACGUACCUGUCGCUUCAAUUAUGAAUGUAACUAUUCGUUCCGCCCGAUUUAAGGAGCAACAUGCCAUGGCUUCUGUUUGUGGUAAAGCAUGGUUCGACGAAGACCUCUUCGGCCGAGUCAUGCAUCCGCACCGAGAUCAGUAUCCGGGCGACGUGAACAUGUUUUGGCUUCGCAAGCUACGAGAAAAAUGGGUUGAUAGGAAUAACGAGAUUCUAGUCGCUACCGUUAGCGACGAGAGUGAAACGAAAAAUGUGGUGGGUGUAGCAGUAUGGAAAAGGGAGGGCAGCGGCAGGAGGAAAGUAUCACGGACAAGCCCAUAUCGCAUCCUUCCAUACCUUUCCCGUCUCUACAACGCCGUGCACGCCUUUUUCCAUCCCAAUCGUGCUGCUGAUCCAGCGCUUGCCUCCAUACUUUCAGAUUCAUUCCCGUACUUCAGCCACCACUUUACCACACCGGCCUCAAGACAAGAACGAUACUUUCUCGAUCUCCUUGGCGUCUCGCCGGCCUAUCAAGGACGCGGCAUCGGUGCGAAACUUGUUCGCUGGGGGAUUGAUGCAGCAGACAGGGAAGGUAUAUGUGCAGCUGUGAUAGGUAGCCAUGGGAAUGAUGGGUUUACAAGCGUGCUGGGUUUGAUGAGGUGGUAGGUUGGGCUACGGAAGGAGAAGAGAAUCCAUUGGCUAGGGAAAGGACCGCAGGGGGCGCGAUUCUGUUUCGGUGGGCGAGAGUGGAUGGGGCCACUGGGGAAGAUAGAUGUGCAAAGUAAGGAUGAGGUUAAGUGAUGAGAGCAGUAUAUUUUUGAGGACUUGCUUUAAGGAUGUGAUCGAACUGCAUAGUUCAUCAAUAGCAAC